AAAAAAAAAAAAAAAGAACCAGAGAAACAUUUUUACACAGGCAGACUUUUUAUCCCCUGGGGAACAAUUCAUGCCCAGAAAGCCCAGGGCACUGAAGCAAACAGUGGUCACCUUCUCCCGGGAAAGGUUCCCCCUCCAAGGCUGCUCCGAGCCUCUGGCUGAGGGCAAGUGUUCCCUCCCAAAAAACAGGCUAAGGAAGGGUGAAGAUGCUUCAAAACCACUUCACAUUCCUUCUUGCCAGAGAGGCAUCCCAGCCUCAGGAUCUUGUGCAUCCCUUGGCCAAGGGACCUUUCUGUGACCUCUCUGCAACCCAGGCUGCCCAAUGAGCACCUGCUGCUGAUGCAGUGGGGUCCUUGGUGCUGCAGAUUGAAUCAUGGUUCAGCUGGGAUGCUUAUCAAUGUUCCCUCGGAAAAAUCUGAGCACUGACUGAUCUGAGCACUGAUUUUUUGGAAAGCAACUUCUUUCUAGGAUUCUUGUGUGGGUAAGUUGAAGUGCUUAUCAGGGGGAAAAAGGACAAACCAUUUCAGUGACAUGAAAUAAAGCCCUUCUGUUACACAAUUCAAUUCAGAAAAAAAUAAUUAUCAGUGUGUUAAAAUCAUCAGCCUGCAGCUUAAGAAAACAGGAAGCUGCUUUUAUACCAUAUGUGCUCUCUGGGUAUCCCUCAUCUGGCAAAUCCCCAGCAGGGUCUACAUGGACUAAGUCAGGAAACCCAGCACAAGCUGCUUUGUGUACAACCCCUGCACUCUGCCAUUGUUCAAGGGCUUAUCAAAACCAGAGCAGAAAUGCAAAAAUACUUGGAAUGUCUGAGCAGGAACUGUGCUCCUAAUGAGCCACUGAGGCAAGAAGACACUUGUGUGUGAGGAAAUGGGUGUGAGAUCCCUGUGCUCACACUGAUUUUUGCUUUACACAGUCAUACCUGCAGGGUGGGAAAUGGCAUCAGGUUUCCCACAUUCAGAAGAAGAAAAGUUGAAUAAAACGAGUUUAAAAUGCCAUGUCAGUGUCUGCCUCUGUGACAGCCACACUGCACUUGAUUUUCACAAAAAUAUUGAUAUUUAAAUAAAAACAUGGAGGAUUAAUUUGAAACAGGCAUGCCUUAAGCAUGGCUCUCAUUGUUGUGGCUGUUUGUGAUAGGUUUGGGUAAAUGACAAAGGAAGAAAAUUGCAGAGAUGGGGCAGCGUGUCAAUGGAUGUGCUCAGACAAAAAGCAGAGUCCAGAAAACCCAGCAGGUCAGUGGUUUAGUCCUUGGGUAAAGUUCUUAGUGCUUGCAAGGAAAAGCUCUGCAGCACGAGCAGAAAUGCCUCUUUAUCUUGAGUGCUGAACCCCUCGGGGGCAGGCGCUGAGCUGUGGCCACGCUGCCAAAACGAGAGCACUUCGGAAAGUCUGUGGGGAGCAGGGAGAUUGAAGUGGACGUUGUUUGUUAUCUAUGAACCAGACCAAUUUUUGCCUGCACACUACUCACUUUGUGUUGAAUUUUCACUCUAAUGCAAAAAGCACCACUAAUUUUAGCACGUGUUUUUGCAAAGUCAUUUCUGUAUUCUCCAGCUGUAUCCCUGAGCUGUUUGAAUUGGUGAGAACCUGAAAUCAGUCACCUGUUGGCCUUUGUGUGUUUUCAAUAAUUUUUUAUUUAGCAGUGCUGUGACUAAGGCAAGUAUAACUGUGAUUUGCCAAGUCACAUAUGAAAGAUGAAUGAAAUAAAGAUUUUCUGAGUCGUUUGCAAAUACUCCAGUCAUGGAAUCAUGGAGUACCUCAAGUUGAAGUGACCCAGGAGGAUCACCAAGUCCAGCUCCCUGCUCCUCGGGGGAUGUGAUUCUCCUUGCUCACCCUGAGCUCUUCUCCUCUGCAUCCAGGGCCUGGUGGUAGCACCAAAGCUCUUCUCCCAAGCUUUGCAGAAGAACAGAAUUUUUCCCAAAGAAAUUCCUUCUUAAUGUAAAGACCUGACUCUAAAAUAGCUUUGAAAAGGGCAGAGGGAGCUGUGGUUUGCCCUUGGUGUGAAAUGGGUGCAUUUGGAGAGAGGCUCUGUGGGAUUCUCGUGCUCGCCUGAAACCCGCGCGGAUGGAAACGGUUCACGUACAGCGGGCAAAGUCAGCUACCGGGAGGGAGAAAGGAAGGGCAGCUCCUCUCCGAGGAGAAACUUGUCCUAUCUCUGAGAGUCCCGCGCAGAAUGUUUACAAAACGCUCAUUAAGGGAGAGGGGAUGGCGAGAUAGCAACAAAUCUGGUGAGCAGCUUCCACUGGCCGAGAUAAGAGAGGCAAGGCGGCCAUAGAGGAGAGCGAGAUCCAAUUACCGAGACCUGGUUUUGGGGAGGGGGAAGGGGAGACAGACAGGACGGAUCACAAGUUUCAAGACAAGAGCUUCCAAACUUGUCAUCCCUGUGUGACACAGCCCAGCGGAUAAAACCGCCACCGAGCCCGCACCAGAGCCAGAGCUCGUUGAGCGCGGUUGGAGGCUCGGGCGAAGCCAUGGAUUCUGUCAUCCUCCAGCUCUGGGCUGUCCUCUCCCUCCUGGUUCACCUUGCAGCCUGCAGUCCCAUCCUGAGCCUGGAGCACUCUUCCCUGGAGGAAGACGUGCCUCUUUUUGAUGAGAUCCUCUCCGAGCAAGAUGGGGUUGAUUUCAACACGCUGCUCCAGAACAUGAAAAAUGAGUUCUUGAAGACAUUGAACCUCUCCGACAUCCCUCUGCACGAGUCGGCCAAGGUGGACCCGCCAGAGUACAUGCUAGAGCUGUACAACAGGUUUGCCACAGACAGGACAUCGAUGCCUUCUGCAAACAUCAUCAGGAGCUUCAAAAAUGAAGACUUGGAUUCCCACCCUAUAGGCGUGACGGGAACUCGGAAAUACCCGCUGCUGUUCAACGUUUCCAUCCCUCACCACGAGGAGAUCACCAUGGCCGAGCUGAGGCUCUACACCCUGGUGGAGCGGGACCAGAGGCUCUACGAAGGGCUGGACAGGAAGGUCACCAUCUUCGAAGUGCUGGAGAACAUCCACGUGGGGGCUGGGGAAGAGAGGAAGCUGGUGGCCCUGGCCUCCAGGCACAUCUAUGGCACGAGCAGCGAGUGGGAGAGCUUCGAGGUGACCGAGGCCAUCCGGCGCUGGCGCAGGGCAGGGCUGACCACGCACCGGCUGGAAGUUCACAUCGAGAGCAGGGAGGGGGAGGAGCAGAACGGGGAAGGGAAACUCGACAUCGACAUCAACUCCGAGGCCAAGCACCUGCCCCUGUUGGUUGUGUACUCUGACGACCAAAGCAACGACAAGAAGGAGGAGAAGGAAGAGCUGAACGAGAUGAUCGACCACGAGCAGUUCCUGGGCCUGGAGAACCUGGAGGUUGGCAAUUUCCACGACCAGCCCGGGGAGGAGGCGCUGCUCCAGAUGCGCUCCAACAUCAUUUACGACUCCACUGCCCGCAUCCGGAGGAACGCCAAAGGCAACUACUGCAAAAAGACCCCGCUCUACAUCGACUUCAAGGAGAUUGGCUGGGACUCCUGGAUCAUCGCCCCCGCAGGCUACGAAGCUUACGAGUGCCACGGGGUGUGCGCCUACCCCUUGACAGAGCACGUCACGCCAACCAAGCACGCCAUAGUCAAGACUUUGGUUCACCUGAAGAACCCCCAGAAAGCCUCCAAGGCCUGCUGCGUGCCCACCAAACUCGACCCCAUCUCUAUCCUCUACUUGGAUGCAGGGGUGGUCACCUACAAGUUCAAGUACGAGGGCAUGGUGGUGUCAGAGUGUGGCUGCAGAUAGUAGGAGGGAACGCGCAGGCGGGGAGGGCACGGGGGGAGUAUUUAAUGAUUCAGUCUGUAAAUUUGUACAUUUGGGAUUUCCUAUUUAAUGAGGUUAUUUAAUGAGGCCUGUACAGAUAAUUGUAUGUUUCCUGCCACGGGGAAUGGGCACGUCGUGUAGGGAUUGUAUAUUUUGUUCCUUUGCUUCCUUCUCGCUGCUCUUCGCUGUCCAGAUCAGAGUCUCUCCUCCUGCCAGGGCAUGGAGCUGAUCACUGGAUUGUUUGGGAGGCUCUUGGUGCCAAAAGAGCACAUCCAAAUUCACGGAAAUAAAGGCAUAUUUUUGUACUUUA